AUGGCAAAAGAACUUAUAAGUGAUAAAGAAAUGUGUGUAGAUGACUUUUUUAAUGUGUUUGAUCAUUUCAUGAAAACUCUUCAAGAUAAUUUAAUUCCUGAUGAUCUUCUUCUACCUAAUGCUACUUUAUUUAUAUGUGAAGGUGUUCAGCAUAGUAAAAUUGCUUUGGAUACAGAAUAUGUUGUUUCAUUAAAUACUGAUUUUGAAAAAUGCUGUGAAUCUAUGAUUAUAAUUACUAAAACCAAACAAGAUAAGUCUCAAAUGAUUAUUAAAUAUACACCUUAUUUGAAUCAUACUUCAGGUAGUGACAAUGAUAUUGGAACAUUUAGACUUUCAAAACAAAUUCAAAAUUACAUUGCAUAA